AUUUAGAAAUAUGAGCAAAUCUUGAGGACUUAAGAUUAUAUCCUGGUUAUCCAGGUUUGAAUUAAUUUGAUAUUGUAGAACAAACGAGUACUAGAAAUGGGAGCAGGAGUUGUAAGUCUGAGCCUUCGAGCUCGUUCAACCAUUUAUUAAGGUCAAGACUGAUCUUGUAGUUCACAUCCCCAUAUCUCUUGAUUUCCUUGAUGCUCAGAAAUCUAUUUAAUAUCUGUUUUCAAUAAACAUAACAUCUUUGCUUUCAAAUGCUCUUGAGAUGAAGAACUCCAAAGGCUCACCACCCUCUGAGUGAAGAAAUUUCUCAUAAUUUCAAUUUUCAGUGGUUUAGUAUUCAUUCUGAAACUGACCACUGGUGUUUGAUUCCCAGGUCAGAGGAAAAUAUCCCUCCUGCAUCUAGCCUGUUCAAAUCUUGAGUCAUUCUGUUUGUUCUGCUGAGAUCUCCCCUUGUUCUCUGAUAGCCUGAGAAUACAAUCCCAGUCUACUCAAUCUCUCCUCAAAUGGCAAAUAUGCCAUCCAUGGAACCAAAGAUUUGCUCUGUUCCCUUUGUGGCAUUUAUAUCCUUUCGUAAGUAAGGAAACCAAAAUUCCAAGUGUGGUCCCAUUUGUAGACUGUACAAUUGCAUUAAAAUUCCCAUAUUCCUGUACUUAUAUUCUCUCGAAAUAAAGGCUAAGCUAUCACUUUCCUUGUGGUUUACCUACUUGUUGAUCUUUAAUGGGUGCAAAUCAUACUUCGAAGUUACUGGUAGCAACCUCUAGCCUUUCAUUCGCAUUUCUGUGUGGUUAAGAUGCUAAUUACAGAAAACAGAGAAGAGAUGGAACUUCCCUUAAGCUGCAUUUAAGCACUUUUAGAGGUAAAUGAGCAAUCUCAUAAGAUGAAGCAGGGUGGAAUAGUCUAAAUUAGCAGUUAACAUUACAACAAAGUAUAUGUGCUUGAUAGGAAAAGAAAAGAGUUUGUUGAGUGUUAAAUCGAGCUGGGGGGUGGGGGGCAUCCAAAAAGAGAGAACAUUUUUAAAGCAAACCUAAGCCUGUUCUCAUGUUAUUCAUAUUAGGCUUCUGCACUGACUUGUGCCAUUCCAAAUGGUUAUAUUUAGCAAGUUCAGAUCUGCUGAGUCUCUGUCCUUUAAUGGAUGUAAUUUCUAGUUCUGUGUAACUCUCUGGAGGAAAUUGUUGAAAUUUCCCAUUUAAUAGUCACUGCCAUUUUAAUUGAAUAAAGUAUUUAUUCACAGAAUUUGGUUUUAAAAAGUAGUUACAAUAAAUGAUAUUCAGAUGUUAGAAUCUUCAGUUAGUGGCAAUUGAAGUAUUUUUUAAAAAACUAAUGUUUGAAAUUUAGGUGAGAGAGAAAUUGUAUAUAAUGAAUGAUAUAAGAUGCUCGAAGGAAAUGAAGAAGAGGAAGAAUAGUUUUAUAUGAUACAUAACAUACACCUUUCUAUAGUUAUAUUAAGGAGUAUUCUGGAGAUGUUUGAAUAAAGUAGAUUUUAAUUCAAACAAGAACCAGACUUCAGUUCUUCGUAUAAAUGUACUUAAGUUCAGGAAGCUUUCAGUUAGCCUUCAGUUUGAGCCAACAUUAUAUAUGUAAGAGCCAAUCAUUAGGACAAUGGGAUUGUGUGAAUUGAGUGCAAGUUGGCUGACCAGGCAGAUGUCACAACUUAGCAUAUCAAACAUGGUCAUAGUUCAAAAGUUAAAAGUAAAUUUUAUUAUCAAAGUACCUAUAUGUCACCAUAAAACCAUGAGAUUCAUUUUCCUGUGGGCAUACUCAGAAAAUCUACAGAAUGGUAACUUUAACAGCAUCAAUGAAAGAUCAACCAGAGCACAGAAGACAACAGACUGUCCAAAUGCAAAUAUAAAUAAAUAGCAAUAAAUAAUGAGAACUUGAGAUAAUGAGAUAGAGUCCUUAACGUGAAAUCAUUGGCUGUGGGAAACAUCUCAAUGAUGGGGCAAGUGUGUGCAGUUGUUCCCUUUUAUUCAAUAGCCUGCUGGUUGAGGGGUAGUACUUGACUUUGAACCUGGUGGUGCGAGUCAUGAGACUCUUCUACCUUUUACCUAAUGGUAGCCGUGAGAAUAGAGUAUGGCCUGGGUAGUGGGGAUCUUUGAUGAUGGAUGCUGCUUUCCUAUGACAGCAUUUCAUGUGGACGUGCUCAACAUUUUAGAUGUCAUGCCGAAUCUCCGCAGACUCCUAAGGAAGUAGAGGCACUGCUGCGCUGUUGUCACAAUUGCAUUUAUGUACAGUACUAGGUCCAGGUCAGCUCCUCUGAAAUAGUGACACCCAAGAAUUUAAAAUUGCGAACUCUUUCUACCACUUACCCUCCGAUGAGGACCUCUGGUUUCCCUCUCCUUGUCUACAAUCAGUCUUGCUGACAUGGAAUGAGAGGUUGUUGUUAUGACACCACUCAGCCAAAAUUUCAAUCUCCCUCCUGUAUGCUGAUUCAUCACCACCUUUGAUUUGGCCCACAACAGUGAUGUCAUCAGCAAACAGAUAUAGGCAAUCAAUAGCUUUUGAGUACUUACCAUAUUUCUGUACUCAGUCAGCUCCGGCAACAUUAAUUUUGGGUGUCUGGCUGUCUGUUGUCAAAAAGUUUUAGAAUAUUCGUGUUAAUUCAUUUCUCCUAAAGGCAUGUGGAUCUUCAGAGGUAUCUUAAGUUAUGAUGUGCUUCCACUACAUAUCUCAAAGGAACCAUUUGUCAACCCAAACUACUGAAGUAAAUAAUGCCUUUGUGACUAUUGAAAAUGUAUUGAAUUGCUUACUGUCACCUUUGAUCUUAAGGGUAUACCUUUGGGUUUGUGAGUCUUUACCGACAGUGUCUCCAGAAUACUGUCUACUUGUUGUGCGAAAUAAAGACUUCUAUAUCAACAGCUUCUGUGUCUGUCCUGUGACUUCAUUCACCGUCACAACAAUACUGACUGCUGUUCAAAUGUGCACUAGAAAAUAGCUACAGGAGUAGACCAGCAGACCUUUCAUAUUUGGUUGAUCCAUGCUGGCUUCAGAUCCUCUUCUUCUGUUCCAGUUCCCCAUUGUCCUCAGUAUCUUUCAACUAUAUAUCUAUCUCAACCUUAAAUAUACAGUGAAAUAGUUCUUUUAAAAUUGCAAUUAAAAUUGAACAGUUUUAUUUGCAAAUGCAAAAAAUAUGGAUUAAAAUUUUUAGAAUUUUUAAAAUAAUUUUGCUUAAUAAAUAAAUUUAGAGUUUCAAGUUUCUGGAUGAGCAAGGUGAAUGAGCCUUCUGGGCUGGACAGGACAAGUCAUGGUUUGCCUGUGUGAGUGUUUCGUAUACCCUCUAGCCCAAAGCAUAUUUGUUCUUAGUGGCAGACAGUAUGACCGAUAGUAUUUUUCAAACCAGUGAGAUUUGUGGAUGUGAAAAGUGAUAAAUUAUUGAGAGGGUGUUUGCUAUCAUAUUGGAUAUGGAAAGAAAUCAAAGUGAAAAAGAAAACAAAGUUAAGAAAAGAAAAAAACUGCAUAUUUCUAACUGUUCACAUUCAAUGCUAGAAAGAUGGAUGAUUGACUGUCAACAAUUAAUGUAUACUGUACUCAGAACUCUUUUUAUUAAACUAGUAUGACAUUUAAUAUGCAGAUGCAUGCCUUCAUGAAAGACCCAGUGGAGUUAAAAGCAAAGUACUUUUUUAGUUCAUGGAGUACCUUUUGCACCAAGUUGCUAGCCGCAUUGGACUUGGCAUGUAUUUAAAGCAAAUUCCAUGACACUGACUUUACUUAACAUUAAUGAUAGUUUGUAGUUGUAUAGUUGUACACCAUUGUUGGCUACCUACAUAAUGCAUUGUGUUUCACAUAAAUUUUUGUUUCUGGCAUUAAGUUCUGAAUUUGUAAUACUCCAUAAUAAUAUGCAUAUGAAUGUAAAAUACUUGUUAUAAAGCUUGGACUAUGGUUGUUAGUGUUACAUGGAUAUAGCAAUUUACUCACUGUACCUGUUUACUCACCGAGCUUCAGAAAUAGCAGGGAGAAUAAUCUAGUUUGAUAGUUUGCAUUAAAGUUAGCCAGAGGUCUAGUGGAAAUCCUAGCUGUUCUCCAAAUUGUGCCACAGAGCGUAACAAGCAUGAAUAAUAAAUUAUCAACAAAGUCCAAAGUAAAUUUAUUAUCAAAGUACACAUAUGUUACCAUAUGCAGCCCUGAGAUUGAUUUUCUUGGGGGCAUACUCAAUAAAUUCAUAAUAGAAUAAUAACUAUUAGAAUCAAUGAAAGACAGCACCGACUUCCGUAUUCAACCAGUGUGCAAGAGACAACAAACAGUGCAAAUACAAAGGAAAGAAAUAGUGAUACUAUUUAAAUAAGCAAUAAAUAUCGAGAUCAUGAGAUGAAGAAGCCUUAAAAAGUGUGCCCAUGGGUUAUGGGAACAUUUUCAAUGAUGGGGCAGUUGCAGUGAAGUUAUUCCCUUUGGUUCCAGAGCCUGAUGGUUGAGGGGCAAUAACUGUUCCUGAACCUGGUGGUGUGAGCCCUGAGGCUCCUGUACCACCUACCAGUUGGCAGCAGCAGCGCGAAGAGAGCAUGACCUGGGUGAUGGUGGGGCAGGGUCCCUGACGAUGGAUACUACUUUCCUUUGACAAUGCUCCAUGUAGAUGUGCUCAAUGGUGGAGAGGGUUUUACCCAUGAUGGACUGGGUUGUAUCCUCCACUUGUUGUAAGAUUUUCCAUUCAAGGGCAUUGGUGUUCCCCUACCAAGCUGUGAUGCAGUCCAUCAAUAUACUUUCCACCUCACUUCUAUAGAAGUCUGUCACUGUUUUGCAUGUCAUGCCAAAUCUUCACAAACUCCUAAGGAAGUAGAGCUGCUGCAGUGCUUUCUUCCUAAUUGCACUUACAUACUGGGCCCAGGACAGGUCCUCUGAAAUGAUAACACUGAGGAAUUUAAAGUUGCUGACCCUCUCCACGUUUGAUUCUCUGAUGAGGACUGGCUGAUGGACCUCUGAUUUUCUUCUCCUGAAAUCAAUAAUCAGCUCCUUGGUCUUGUUGGCACUGAGUAAGAGGUUGUUACUGUAGCACCACGCAGACAGAUUUUCAAUCUCCCUUCUGUAUGCUGAUUUGUCAUGUAUAUAGUGGUAUAUUAGUUACCACAAAAGACAUUGCCUGAUGGUUAGGGUUCUAAACCUUAACAAAGAAAUUGUGGGGAAAAGUUACAAACUGGUGGUAUUAAUUAGGGAAUUUUACAAAAUGGGUUAAUGGUGAAUCGGAGGUGAAUAAUAUUUGAGUCUGUUGAUGAAUUACAAAUAUUCAUUCCUCUCUGAUAAAAAAAAAUUAAUUAGGUAAAGCAGUUCAACCUUUCGCUUUUGAAGGAAGUGAGACAUAAUAAUAAAUCAAAAGAAGAGGUGCCAGAAAAUGAGGUGUCUGAGAUCAGUCCUUUGGCUGUGGGAACUUAAUAUAAUGUCUUAAUUUGAAGAAGACACAAAUUUGAGGCAAGUACAUGUUGUGAGGCGGAUCCAAAGAGAGAGUGUGAGUCGGUAAAUGCAUAGCCAUUGUAGUUUAAUGCUGAUGAAUGAGCUUAUCCACUUUGGUUCUAAAAACAGACAAAUUAUUAUUUGAAAUAUGCUAGACUGCAAAAUGGGAAGAUGCGCUAAGACCUGGGUCUCUCUGUGCAUCAGUCACUGAAAGCAAGUGUUCAGGAAACAUCUGGGAAGGCAGAUGGUAUGUUGGCCAUCGUUUUGAUUGUAAGACCAACAAUUAUUCAAUAUAAUUUUAUAGAGCCUAGCUGGGCUGCUAUUUGAAGUAUCUGUAUGUAGUUUUCAAAGGUACAUUUAAUGUCAGAGAAAACAGAGGAGUACCACAAAGAAUGAAUGACAGUUAAAUGUUAGAAUCCCAAAGGUCCCCCACCUCCCCCCUCCCACACAUAAACAGCAGCAAAGUGACCACUCCCCGCCCCCACCAGCAAAAAAAAAGCAUCGGCACUCCCCACCAAGCACUGAAGCGUGCAGCAAAGCAUCAAUAAAGACACAGACUUGCAGUACCCCAAAGACUACUCGUUCACCUGCUAAUUCAACAUACCACUGGCUCUCUCUCUCUCCCUCAUCAGAAAAAAAGAGAUGUCCCCAUUUCACAGUUAGAGGGGAGACAUAACAAACAACUUGCUGAUUUGUGAUAUUAAAAGUCUAUUGCAUCGCUUUUUCCAAGCUCUGUGCCCAAAGAACUCGGGUCUCUGGGUACAUAGCCAGCAGCCAGCUUGCUGCUUUCGAUCUUCCGUCUCCCAUUACACAACGAUUUCCUGCGGAGACACCAACCUCUAAUCCGCCCGCCUCCAGAGCUACGAAAUCCCAGAACCCUGAAGGCAUGCUAGUCUUCUAGGCUGCGUGUUGGUCUCCUUAGAGAGGAAGAUGUACUUACUGUGGAGGAUACUACAACAAGGCUCUAGCUGGUUGAUUCCUGGGUUGGUAAGAAUGAAGUACAAAGAGACCUUGCAUCAGUUAGGGCUUUUUUGUAGCAUAUAAGUGUUAGAGGGAAUCUAAUUCUAACAGGACAGUCUAAAUAAAGGGAAUAUGUUCUCAGUGGAAGAGUUUAGAAUUGUGGUUACAGCUUCAGGAUAAAGGAAGAUCAGGAGAAAUUUCUCCAUCCAAAGGGUGGUGCACCUGUGGAAUUCUCUACCACAGGAAGCAAAGUUUGAAGUAUAUUCAAGAAAAAGGUAGAUACAUUUUUAAUGCAUUAGGGGAGAAGAUAGGAAAAAUGGAUGAUCUACCGUGAUAGUAAUAAGUUAUGAAUUAGGCCAGAAGAGGCAAAUGGCCAACUAGUUCCACGUUUGAUAUUAUAGAAUUUCCUCAGGUAUCUUAGUUUAUGUAAUAAAGCCCCAAAUUCAAUAUUGAAUUCAAGACUACCUGGCUUAAAAAUGAGGCUAUAAUGGCAGUCCUGAAGAAGGGUCUCAGCCCAGAAUGUCAACUGCUUAUUCCCCUCUACAAGUGCUGUCCGACUUGCUGAGUCCCUUCAGCAUUUUGUGUGUGUUACUCUGUAUUGUUAUGGCAUAUGUAAGAGUUUAUGAUUACAAUUAAAUGGGAAGGGGGGAUGAUUUUGAUUCCAGUGAAAACAGACCAAAAACAUGAAGCUAAGAAGUAUAAUUAAAGAGCUAGAGAGCUUCAGUAAUCACUUUUUGCCUUGUAAAUCUUUUGAUCGGAAAAGAAUUGCCAUAAACAAUUACACUUCUGGCCUGGUUUUUGUUCGCCUGAUGCUAUUUCUGGAGUUCCCCUGGUUCUUCCCCCAACUAAGUACCCGGUAUUGAUAAACCACAGAAGAAACUGAGUCCUUUGGGUUCUCUUCAUGCAUAAUUAUAUCUACAUCAACAAAAUUCACCUGUUUUGGUUACACUGGGCAUUUUUUAAACAAAAAAAUUAGUUUUGAAUAUUGUACUUUGGGCCUGUUCAUUUUGCUUUGACCAAUUCAAGACACAAGUAUGUCCUUGUAUUUUUUGUGCUCUCUCUAGGAAGGGAGAUUAAGUCAAUAAUUAUUUUAUUUUUGCAGUUUCGUGUAAAUUUAAACUAUCUGUCUAAAUGUAGUGCAUUAUCACAAUCUGUUUAUCUGAUGAAAAUAAGUAUUUCAGGUCAUGAAAUAAAGGGCACAUACACGAAAUGCUGUGGGAGCUCAGCAGGUCAGGCAGCAUUCUUGGAAAUGGAAAAUGUACUUGACGUUUCGGGCUAAGGCCCUUGUUUGAUCUAAAAAGCCAGUUUCCAUUGGAAAUUUCUUCAUUCGUUUCCAUGCCACUGAUGUUUUGGUUAUUAGACGCGUGCUGAUAAAGGAUUUUUCUAAAUAUCACUAGGUUGUUUGAGUUGGAGAAAAUUAAUCAAGCUUCUUCAAUUUUCUUCCCUAGAUUAAUCUGAUUUAACUUCAGUCCACCUCCUUUUUGAAGUGUAGUCACUCGUGCAAUGUAGGAAAUGCAAUAGCUACUUUUCCUUUGAACUAUAAAGCAGCAGAUACUAAAUAAAAUAAUCUCAGUGAUGUUGCUUGGAGAAGAAAUAAUUGGCCUAAAAACGCAUGGGAUCUUGUUUGUCCUUCAGGAAGUAUUUUGAGCUAUUUAUGAGGCCAUUCAGCAUGAAAACAGGCUCAGUUAAAUCCACAUUCUUCAUCAAGCAUCCAUUUACAGUACUGUGCAAGUCUUAAAGAGAUAGAUAUAUUUUGAUAUAGAUGGAUUAGAUAUACAGUAUAGAUAGCUGGGGUACUGUAAUUGGUAGGAGCAAAGGAUGUUGGAAGUGGCAAGGAUGGAGUGUCACAGGAGGGGCGUGGGUCAGGUGGCAGAGAAGGGGUGCCCGGAGCAGGGGUCUAGCACGGGUGCAGACACACCCAGCCCUGAGAUACCAGGCAAGGCCAUUUGAUUCCAAACAAUUGGCUUAAUUGAUUAUUACAGACUGUCUCUCUAGUGCUUCUUUUUCUGGAGAAACACUGCUUCUCAGAGGUUAUUCAAGCCUCUAAUUGUUUCCAGAUAUCAGGGUAAACGUGGGAUCGUAUCCUGAAGGCAUAAGUUGCUACUGGCUUGCCUUACAGCAUCCAAACCUCCCAAAUCCGACAGAAUCUGAUCAAGCACCUUCCUUGCACUUGAACGUUUAAUCUUGGUUGAUCAGUUUGUGAUAGUCAUGAUGGACAUGAUUUUAAUUUAAGAUGGCCAUGCAUGUAUGGAUGUUUAGGAUCCUGUUUCAGUUUUGGAAGAACAGGAAGGAAUGGUCCAAGUGUAUCAACUGACAUUCAUUCUAGAGUCACCCCACUUAAAACUGCAUAAUAUUUUUGAUCAUGGAUGCAGGAUAUUUUUCAGCAGAUAGCAUUGUUGAUACACUCCUGGGACAUGAAUAUGAGCCUGGCCUUUAGUGGUGUCAGUAAGGAGCUUGCACAUUCACCCUGUGUGUGCAUGUGGUUUGUUUUGGCUGCUCUGGUUUUUAUCAAUAAUCCAAGGUCAUGCCGGUAGCUAAGUUAGUUGAUCAGGAACUCAAGAAAUGUAGCUACAAUCUAUGCAAAAUUAUCAAAGCAACGAAACGAUAAUGCAGGGACAAGAUCCAGACGCAACUCUCCACCAACAACACAGGUAGCUUAUAGAAAAGUCUGCACACCAUUCGCAGAUUUCAAAGCUAAGUUCAGUGGUGCUGCCCCUCUCACAGAUGAGCUAAAUCUUUUUUACACUUGGUUCAAUGUUGUCAACACUGGGUCCCCGAGGAGAGCUGCCGAAGCAACCUCUACCUGGCCACGUGUUUCCAGUGAGUGGACAUUUGCAAGGCUGUGGGACCGGAUGGCAUCUCAGGGUGUGCGUGGCACAACUGGCAGGUGUGCUUACAGACAUUUCUAAUCUCUCCCUCUCCCAGUGCAGAGCUCCCUCUUGCUUCAAAACAUCCACCAUUAUUCCUGUACCUAAAAAGACCAAGAUAACAUGUCUGAACAACUGGUGUCCUGUCGCACUCACCUCAAUAAGCAAAUGCUUGGAGAGGCUGGUGAAGGGCUACAUCUACAGCAUGCUACCACCCAUACUGGACUCCCUACGAUUCGCCUACCGACACAACCAAUUGACAUGACACGAGCCACAGCUCAACACACCAUCCUUGCACAUCUGGAGAAGAGGGAUGCUUAUGUGAGAAUGCUGUUCUUGGUCUACAGUUCAGUAUUCAACACCAUAAUUCCCUCCAGGCUUGACGAGAAGCUCAGAGACCUCAGCCUUCACCCUGCCUUGUGCAGCUGGAUCCUGGACUUCCCGUCAGAUCGCCAGUAGAUGGUAAGAGUAGGUUCCUUCACCUCUUCCCCUCUAACCCUCAACACAGGAGCCCCUCAGGGCUGUGUACUAAGCCCCCUCCUUUACUCUCGGUAUAUCCAUGACUGUGUUGCCACCCACAGGUCCAAUCUGGUAAUUAAAUUUUCGGACUAUACUGCAUUGGUUGUCCUUAUCUCAAAUAACAACGAGGCAGCCUACAGAGAAGAAGUUAUCACCCUGAUACAGUGGUGUCAAGAAAACAACUUCUCCCUCAAUGACACAAAAACAAAGGAGCUGAUUGUGGACUACAGGAGGAAUGGAAACAGGAUAACCUCUACUGACGUCAAUAGAUCUGGGGUUUUGAGAGUAAACAGCUUUAAGUUCCUCAGCAUACAUAUCAGCAAGGAUCUCAUGUGGUCUGCACAUACCAGCUAUGUGGUGAAAAAAGCACAACAGCACCUCUUUGACCUUAGACGGUUGAAGAAGUUUGGCAUGAGUCCCCAAAUCCUAAGGACUUUCUACAAGGGCACAAUUGAGUGUAAAUUGUUAACUGUCCUGUUGUACGUAUUAUUUAUUACAAAGUACUAUAAAUUGCACAUUGCAUAUUUAGACAGAUGUAACAUAAAAGAUUUUUAUUCCUCAUGUAUGUGAAGGAUGAAAGAAAUCAAUUCAAUUCAAUUCAUUCUAGUGUAGCUGCGAAGCAGGAGAAUUUGGAAGGGGAGAUUGUGCUUUUGGGAAGUAAUUGGAAAUGGGAUUGAUGAGAUUGAAGGACUAGCAUAGACUCGAUGGGAUGAAUAGCCACUUGUAAGAAAAAUGAAAUUAUACACUAACAGGGAAAUUUAAUUGCUUCUCCCAGUGGCCUUACGGAUUUUUAUGUUCUCUGUAGAGUUAAUUAGGGAGCUACGGAGGAUUCAUUACAAAAGCAAAUGUAUUGAAACUUGGAUGUGGUAAUCAAAUUUCUGAUGCUGGAGUUUCAAUCAAUAGCAAGCAAAGUUUUAUGUCAUGAAGAUAAUUUUGUCAUUUAUCCGGCUAUCUAUUUUACUGACCUUUCCUGAUUUCAUUGACUUUUAAAUAAAAAAAACUUUGGGGGUUUUGCUGGCUGUAAUAUGCCGCAUGUUUCAGUGUUUGAAAUGGUGAGAAGAAAUUGGUUGUGCUCCAGUUCUGUUCUGACUCACUAUUAGGAAUUUACCAUCUGGAAAAUGAAACUUAAAAUUUUUGUGGUAAUAUUUUUAAAGCAAUGAGUGCUGGUGAUUCAAUAACGUAUCAUUCAAGCUGAGAAGAUAUGACAAGAAUAUUUGUGUUUUUCAAUGUUGUUCUUUAUAGAUCCAAACUGAACACACCCAGCUUUCUCUCCUUCUCAACACUAGCUUGUUUUUUUUUCCUGUUUCUCAGUUCUGGGACAGGGUCUUAGAUCUGAAAUGUUUUGUGUUUUUCUUUCCAAAGAUGCUGCCUAACUUGCUGAAGUACUGAGGCCACUUUCUGUUUCUAUUUCAGAUUUCCAGUAUCUGCAAUUUCUUUAUAUAAUUUAUUGAGUCAAAUUAUUUAGCACUGAUAAGAAUUGAUUACUAGCACUAGCAUCAGAUCUAAUACACAGUCUCUUCAAAAUAGUCCUUUCACUGACUAAAGGAAGUUACUAAUAGGGUGUUUUUUUUACACCAGCUUUGAUAUUUAGCAAAUUUUUCAGUCUUUAGAUUAUAAAACGCCCCCAGUUGCCAUAUUUACUACUAUGACCUCCUUUAAGAUACUACUAAAAAUCUUUUAUUGCACUCAUGUAUUUUGGUCUUGAUUGGGUACUCUUCCUGGUUUUAAUUUGGAAUGAGUAUUUGGUUCCUUUUAAGGUAGUCCAGUAAGUUCAAGAAUGAUUUGAUUCUACUAGAUUUGUGGGUGCUGAUAUUGCUGAUGAGGCUAAUGUGGGUGUUACAGACACUCCUACAGAUGAGACAAAAGGCACCUGUUAGGGUGGAUCUGUACUUUGGGAGGUGGUACCUUCUUGUCAACUACACAGUAUCUCUAAGUGUGUCCAAUGUAUAGGCUCUGUUUUCAAUAUCUUCCAGCUGCUCCUUCUCCAUUAUGAGAGGUUAUGGGCUGGAGAUUCCCAGAACGCACUUUGGUUUUGCUUUUUUUUUAAAGGCAGCCUUGAAUAUUUUCCUCAGUCUGUCUUGAAUCUUUUCCAUCUCUUCCUAUGAUGGUAGGGAAUAUUGUCAAUUUAUUCUAUACACAUUCCAGUUCUUAGAAUAUAUAAGAGGGCAGAGAUCACUGUUCUGUGCCAGGUCUCAGAUCUAGAUCUUCAAACAUUCUUGCUUUCUGGUGCUUUAAAAGUGAUGGUGAAUUCUGUCGUCACUGAGAGGUGGCUUUGGGGAUAAGGGCACCAGUGGUUUUUUCUGUAUCUCACUAUGAGCCUUCAUUGUCAGAGCAGCUUUGCACAGAGGUGGCAGGUGGAUAACAGGACCCAUUUCUUUUUGAAUACAAGGCCAGUCCUUGAGUGUGCUUUGAUAAACGUGUCAGUGAUGUCUUGGUGCCCCAACACACACAUCAUCUGCUUAUUUUAGCUUAGCUACCGUGGUUGGGGUGGCCUUAUUUGGUGUUUAGUUGCUGUAGGUUGAACAGCUUGUCAUUAGCUCCUAAAGAUCAGCUGUACUUGUGCCAGAGCUUGGAAGAGUGACACGUUGCAGUGAUAAAGCAUAAAAAAGUGACAGGCGGUAUGUAGUCCUGUUUGGCUUCAUGCAAGCUAGCUUGGAAGGACCAUGACUUGAAAUUUCAUUAUAGAUGCAUUUUUUUCUGAACAGUUGAACUUGAGAGGCUGUUUGACAGUCCCUCCUAACUGAUGGAGUUAAAAGACAUCAGUGAAUUCGAAAAUAAUACUGGAGGGUUCUACUUUCUGCAUUUCUCUUGAUAUGUACAGACCGGGUCUAAUGUGCAUCAGUUGGAUGGACUUCACAGUGUAAGUUUUAAUUUUGUGGCCUCACUUGCAUCAGUGCUAACUUUGGAAGGAUUGAGAAGGCAAUGCAAGUAGGACACCAAAAAGGGCAUAAUCGUGAAAAAUCUUUGUGAAUGAACAAAAGUAGGUGAACAAAAUACUUUUUUUGGGCUGUACAUUCCUUUACUUCUCCCCCAUCCCCACUUGCAUAACAAACAGUCUGUAAAAGAAUGGAGUAAGAAAGCAUUUCCUCUUGAAUGGUGCCUAGUGAGAGAAGUCAUUUUUCACCAACUGAUCUUUAAGUGCAGGCUUUCCAAGUUAAAAUGGCAUGCACAUCCUGGCAAUAUCAUCCAAGUGUGAUAUUGACAGUUAAGUACUCUGCCACUCUCUUAAAAUGUUUUUUUAUGUGACUGAAUUUAGGCCAGCUAGCAGUGAGUUUCUCCUACCCCUUCAUCUUGACUUUAUCCUGCACCACUUUCACUCAGUAAAAGUGAAGACUGCAUGUUCACCUUCAGGUUGCACAAUGCCUACAAAGAAACCAAUCAAAGCAAAAUAUCUCCCUCUGAUUACCUGGCUGCUUCAUCUGCCAUUAAUCAGAUCAGGAUUUCAAUAAAGAACUCUUAAUUUUGUUAAAAUUAAUAGCUGUAUUUUUGUCUGGUAUUAGGGUGCUUUUUAUUCUAAACCUGAGCUGAGUAGAAUUGAAUCUGCUGUUGCAACUUUGAAAUUAUUUAAUUUGUAGUUACUAACUUGAAAAGAAAGAAUUAUUUAAUUUUAAAUCUUGCUUCCUCUAUAUGAAAUCCAAUAAAAGUAAUAAUGUUUGAACUGAGAGAUCUUUUUUGAUUAAAGCAUGUAUGCAUUACUUUGAGUGGGUGGAAUAGGAAGCUUGGCUACGUGCCAGUUUUGAUUUCAGGAAAAAACGAAAGUUACUACGUAAAAUGUAAAUUAGCUCGCAAUAGCCAAUCAAGUACAGUUAAGCAAAGCAGCAAGCCUUUCAUAAGCGAUAAGGAUGUAAAGUUCUUCACAUGGAUUUUCAAGUGCUGUGCCAGAAUUUUGAGCAGACUAAGCUGGAGAAAUGAGGGGUUUAAGAAAAACAGCUAAUAUUCAGAUUUUAUUCAGGGCAAAGGGAGAUGAUGGAUCUUUUGUACAGAUCAUCACUAUUGAGGAAGCAAAACGACGCCAGAGCAUAGGUAGUUUUUAUGAAGAAGAGAUAGAAGAUCUUCAGCCUGUACUUACAGACCCCAGUGAACUGCUGGAGAGUUUCCACAUUGAGAAGCUUAUGCUGCAUCUUCCUGCAAGAACACAGGGAUACGCCUGGCGCCUUAUGUACAGCACAGCUGUCCAUGGGACAAGUUUAAGGACACUUUACCGUAGUUUGGCUGUUAUCGAUUCCCCAGUUCUCUUAGUUGUCAAAGACAUGGAUAAUCAGAUAUUUGGAGCUUUGGCAUCACACCCUUUCAGAUUAAGUGACCAUUGUUUUGGUACAGGAGAAACCUUUCUGUACACAUUUAAUCCACAGUUCAAGAUAUUUAGGUGGAGUGGAGAAAAUUCGUAUUUCAUUAAAGGAGAUAAAGACUCUUUAGAACUCGGUGGAGGAAGUGGCCAUUUUGGCUUGUGGCUGGAUGCAGACUUAUAUCACGGUCGAAGCAACCCAUGCAGUACGUUUAACAAUGAAACACUUUCAAAAAAAGAAGACUUCAUUGUGCAAGAUCUUGAAGUGUGGACUUUUGUAUAAGUUAGCCUGAUUCAGUAGUCCACUUGGUUCUGUUUUCCAGUCCAUUGGAUGUUAUGAUUCCACUGCUAGCUGCCUUAUAUUGUGUCCAGUGCUCACAAUUUACUGUAAAUGAGCAUGUUUCUGAAUGCUUAAGCUACACUUCUCAACCUGAAUUACAAAGGAGAUCACAGGGCACAGCUUUCCAGAGAGGCAACAACUUCUUUCCAUUCUGUCAACUUGCUUGGAACUACCUACAUGCUGAAGGAAACCAACUGAGUUGGCAAAGUCUUUUUAGCGGAACUGUUUUUGGUUGAAAAGGGAGAGCAAAACCAUACUUUUGCUAUGACAGAUGUAGCUUAUUCCAAAUGCUGUAUGCUAGUUAAAGAAUGGCUGGCAAUAAACGGAGUACAGCCAAAGCCAGGGUGCAAGGCAGUGCUUUUCAAUUUAAGAGGAUAUUUAAUAUUUAAACAUUCAGUGACAAUGCAUGUUGAAGACAUUUUUAAAUAUUCAUUUGCUUUUCUGAUUUUUUAAAAUUGUUUUUAUCACAUUGCCUAAAGUCCAACUGGAAUAUUCAAUAUCCUCUAAGAACGUUUGAUGGUUUUCCCAGCAGGUGGGGAAAAAAUGUUGAAGAGGUAAUAGUUCUGGAAGAAAAGAAUUGCAGUUAAGCCAGGACCAUUUAAAUGCUAUAGUACAGUACAUUAACGUUUAUUUUUAGUUACAAUGGAUGUUGUAUCCUUUCUUUUAGGGAUGGUUUUAUAUCGGUGCAGGCACUGAACGCCAUGGUGUGAAUACUUGUUUACAGUUAGCAGAAAGAUUAUGUAAUAUUCUUAUUUCUGUAUGCAUUUUUGCAUUCAUUUGAACAUUCCAGUGUCUUGCGGGUACCAAGGGAACCCAAAUGCACAUGAAGCAUAUUAGAGCACUUUGAAAGAAAUGGUAGUUUAUGGCACCAAAUACAAUUUAAAUGUGUAAAUUUCAUUUUUUUUUAACAUUGUUCUCCAUUUUGAAUUACAAGUUCAUUUUGCACAAAGAAGGGUGUGAAAAUGUACUUUAGUUUCUGGAUUAUUUUCAUAAAUUGUUAAGCAUAUUAUAAUACUUCAGGAAAGCUUAAAACACUUAAAUAUGUUAAACAGGUUUGAUUUCUUUCCAGUCCUGGAGUAGAUUAUUGUAAUAUCAAAGCAUAAUUUUUUGAUUUCUAUAGGUGCCAUUUCUACUUGUAUCACCAAAUUUGAAGAACUAAAGAAUAUACAAAGUUACAAUUUUCUAUAAUGUUUUUGCAUAUUUGUUUUUGUGGUGCUGUUUAAAAAAUACCUGAACUGAGCACUAAAAGGUUUCACCAUUUUUUUUUUAAGUUUAGCAUUUGAUAUGUUAAAUUAGCUUAAAAAUCAUAUUGUAUUUAAUACACUAUACCUGUAUUGUCAGAACAAUCAAAAUUGUGUCUGAAUUCUGUAUCUGUGAAUGUCAUUAAGAACAAAAGACUUGCAGUAAAUUGAAUAAAUCUGUGUACUUAAGAGCAUUGUGAAAUAGAUGUUUGGAAGAUAAAUUGGGAGGAAAGAAACUGAUGAUAUCCAAUUUCUGAUGAUAAUCUUUGAACAUUUUAAUCAAAUCCUAUCUUAUGAAAACCUCCUAUCGUUGUCUGAAGACAAUGUUUCUGCCUGAAACAUUGACAAUCUAUUCUUUUCCACAGAUGCUGCAUGAGCUGCUGAGUUCCUCCAGCAUUUUGUGUGUGUUGCUUUGGAUUUCCGGCAUCUGCAGGUUUUUUUGUGUUUAUCUUUGUCUUUAUCUUUAUCGUUACAAAAUAGUAAUGAACAGGCAGAAUGAAUGACGUUUCAAACUAGUGAGAGCCCCAUGCUGAGCUUUUCCUGGCUGAUAUUUUUCUUUCACAGCAAUAGCAUCACUCAAACAAAUGGGUUCUCAGGACAAAAUGAAACACAUUUACUCAGUUGAUUUCCUGAAGAAGCAAUGGAGGCCUUAUUACUAAGUAGUGUGAUCUGCACACUCUCCCUGAUUGUAUAAAGCAGCAUGGAGGCACAGCAGCACAGUGCCAGCAACCCGGGCUCAAUUCUGCCACUGUCUGUAAGGAAUUUGUACAUUUUCUUAUGAAUGCCUGGGUUUCCUCUGUGUACUCUGGUUUCCUCCCACAUUCCAAAGAGGUACGGGUAGUAAAGGCCAGUAAGUUAUGGGUAUGCUAUGUUGGUACUGGAAGCAUGGCGACACUUUUGCAGGCUGCUCUUAACACAACCUUGGACUGUGUUGGUUGUUGUUGCAAACAAUGCAUUUCACUGUAUGUUUUGAUGUACAUGGGACAAAUAAAUCUAAUCUUUGUAUCAACACACAUCAAAGUUGCUGG